AAAUUAUUGUUAGUAUGUAUAUUUCAAUUCGUGGUAAGUGUUAACAAAAAAAUUAAUAAUAAUAAAAAAAACUUUUGUUGAUAAUAUACGACUGAUUACAAUUUAUAAAUUUAUAUACCUCUGAAGUUCUGAAUCGUUUAUUUUCUGGCAUACGAUUCCGUCUAUAGUGUAUCGUCGACCAAAGUAAUUAUUUGAGAAUUGAUAAUUCCAUCGAAAUCAAACCGUUUUCUUCAAUAUGGAGGACGACCUUCCAUCCAAGUAUGAAGUGAUCGUCAUUGGCACUGGUAUGACUGAGUCGAUUGUUGCUGCUGCUGCUAGUCGAAUUGGAAAACGAGUUUUACAUUUAGAUAGAAAUGACUAUUAUGGUGGUAUGUGGGCAUCAUUUACAUUUGAAGCUCUUCAAAAAUGGCUAGAAGAAUGUAGAAAUGGAAAAAAAAAUGAUUUUGUGAAAACAUCUUCUCCACUAGUGCAAGACAAUGAGAAGUCUAUAACUAUUGGCAAUCAAUUUUCCACUGUAUUCAAUAUUGAAGAAAAAUGGUUUAUACCCGAAAAACUUCCUUCAGUUGGUAAUUUGCUUAGUGCAAAAAUUACUCAAACUGAAGAUAGUCCCAAAGAAAGUAAAGAUGGACUGACUGAAACUGAAGCUAUAUUAAAACGAAAUGAUAAACUUUGGAGUCAAGCUAAAAUUAAAACCAUGGGGCGCAAAUUUAACCUGGAUUUAGCACCUAAAUUACUUUUCUCUCGUGGCACACUGGUAGAACUUCUUAUUUCAUCAAAUAUCUCUCGUUAUGCUGAAUUUCGAUGUGUAAAUCGUAUUCUUACAUGGCAGUCUGAUAAAUUGCAAACUGUUCCAUGUUCCCGAGCAGAUGUGUUUGCUACUAAAAAUGUUGGACUUAUUGAAAAACGACAAUUAAUGCAACUAUUGACUUUGUGUGUUGAAUAUAAGCCAGAAAGUGAUGAAUUUAAAGGAUUUGAAGAUAAAACACUUAAACAAUACUUAGAAAGCAAAAGCUUAACUGAAAAUCUAAUGCAUUAUGUAUUAUAUGCUAUUGCCAUGUCAAAUGAUACGACACCAUGUAUGGUUGGUGUUGAAAGAACCCAACAAUUCCUAAGUAGCCUUGGGCGCUAUGGUAACACACCAUUUUUGUGGCCCAUGUAUGGUACUGGAGAACUUCCACAAUGUUUUUGUCGGCUAUGCGCUGUAUUUGGAGGUGUGUAUCAUCUGAAACGAGCAGCUGAUAGCGUUAUAGUAGCAAACAAUGAAUGUAAAGCUAUUUUAUCUGAUGGAUCACGGCUUGAUUGUGAUCAUCUUGUAAUGGGUGUUGCUGAUGCUCCUCCAGAAUUUUUAGGCUCUGUUCCUAAAGCAGGUCUUUCAAGAGGCAUUUUUAUAAUUGAUAGAUCAAUAUCUACUGUCGAUAAAGAGUCUUUGACAUUACUUCAAUUCCCAAUUAAAGGGAAAGAGCCAAUAACAGUUAUUGAAGCUGGACCAUCCACUCACGUUUGUCCACCUGGACUAUAUUUACUACACAUGACUACUAAACAAAUAGAUAACGCAGUAAAUGAUUUAAAACCGGCUGUUGAUGCUUUAUUACAUUCUGAAUAUGCAGAUGGUACUACAAUUAGAAUAAAUACUGACACACAAUCAACUCAAACGUCAAAAGAGGGAGAUUCUUCUGCAUCAAGUGGGGAGUCAAACAUAUUAAAUGAAUCAUUAAAACCACAAAUUUUGUAUGCACUAUAUUUUAAUUGUCCUGAAACAUCUGAAUAUGAUCUAUCACAAAAUGUUCCAAGCAAUGUACAUUUGUGUUCAGGACCUGAUCUAGCAGUUGAUUAUGAGUUUGCUGUUAAACAAGCAAAAUCUAUUUUUUCCAAAAUGUAUCCAGAUUCUGAAUUUUUGCCCCGCGCUCCUGAUCCUGAAGAACUAUCACUUGAAGUUGAUGAAGCUGCUGGCCCUCCGUUCCAAAGUUCUGAAGAACCAAAAGAAGAAUGAAUUAACUUAUAAAAUAUCCUGCAUUUGCUUUAAUUUCAUUAUGAUAGGCUAUUAUUUUACCAAAUUAAUUUAAGAUAAUUGUUAGCUUUUAUACUUGUAUAACUGGUUUAUCAUCUUACAAUCUUAAAAAAUAUAUUAAAAUAAUAUUUAUAUUUCAACAUAUUAAAAAAGGAGUUCAUAUUGUAUUUCAAUGUAUCGUUAAUGUUUACGCAACUGCAAAAUCUAGCAUAAAAUAUGAAUUCCUCUUGAUUACAUUCCAAAGUUUUUUUUUUGAUAUUAGGCAACUAAGUGUUUUUAUACUAUUCAAUUUUUCAUUAAGCUAUUAAUAGAUUAAAAAAAAACAGUUUCACUGAUAGUAGUUAAAUAUCACAUCAAUUGAAUUAAUUAUGUAUGAUAAUAAGUUAUUAAUAUCUUAACUGCAUUUAACUAAUGAUUUAAUCAUGUGAUUACUGUAAUUUGCACCCUUUAACUUGGAUUAAAUUUUCUUAGUACUGAGUAAUAUUUUAACUCAAUGAAAGUUUUUUUGCUUAUUGAUACUGAAAGAACAUCAUUCUAUAAAUAUUAGUAAUU